AGUACUUCGCUGUUAGCUAGGCGGGGCCCGGACCAAUCAGCGCUUCCGCUUCUGACGACUGACUCCAGUGAUCUGGCCCGAAGACCAGGAAGCGCGGCUCAGUCUCCGAGUGUAACAGACACAGGCGCUGCUCUCUCGGGAUGGCGGGGCUGCUGCUCACUGCGCUCGCUCUUUGUCUCUUCAUUUCUGCGGGUGAGUCUCAGGUACUUACCAUCCACGCAGAACACAGCCGGAUCAAUGUGACCGACGGAGGAAAUGCGUUAUUUUCAGUGCGGCCGUCGGCCGAGGUCACCAGUGGGAACUGGGCUGUCGAUGGGAAAUUAGUCCUCCAGUGGAUCAAUGCAAAUGUGGUCUAUGGUAGUGGGUACCAAUCACGGGCUGAGUUAUUCAGCUCCAACGGAUCUCUCCUGCUGAGGUCGGUGAACAUGUCUGACAGCGGGGAGUACAUCGUGAACAUGAUUUCAAAGAGCGGUUCUUCAGCUUCAGCGACCGUCAAUCUGCUGGUCCUUGAACCUGUAUCUAAGCCGGUUGUCACAUCCAAUGACACCAACCCCGUAGAAUACAAUGACACAGUUAGUUUGACGUGCACUGCAAAAGGGACGGAUGUUUCGUAUCUGUGGUUCAUGAACAAUAAGACAGUUAGCCCUGGCGGUAGGAUUACCCUGAGUUCCAACAACAGCACCUUGACUAUCUCUGGGGUGCUGAGAUCGGACGAGGAAUUCACCUGCGAAGCGUGCAACUUGGUGAAUAGGAACACCAGCGAUCCAUUUCUACUAAACGUUCGCUAUGGACCGGAAAAUCUAACCAUUUCCAUCAGCCCUGACCUUGCUGCGUACGGUACGGGGUCAAACGUGAAUUUUUCCUGUUCGGCCGUUUCGAACCCCGCUCCUGCAUUUCAGUGGUAUUUCAAUGGUUCAUCUCUUCAAGCAAGUGGACAGCGCCUAAACCUUAUUGAUUUAUCCGUGAAUGACACUGGCAGUUACACUUGUGAGGCGUUUAACAAUGUCACCAAAAGGUCGAGCUCAACAACACGAAACCUUGAGGUUUUAGAACCUGUGUCCGAACCCAAUAUUACAGCCAAUGCAACCAGCCUAAUAGAGUAUAAUGACAGCGUGAAACUAAUAUGCUCCGCAACAGGCACGGCGGUCUCUUAUCUGUGGCUUGAAGACAAUAGCACAAUAAUUCCUGGCGGCAGGUUUGUACUGGGUGCCGAUAAAAGCACACUCACUAUUCCUGGAGUGUUACGAACAGAUGGACCGUUCACCUGCAUCGCAUACAACUCGAUUAGCGAAAAGACAAGCGAGCCGUUUUAUCUCAAUGUUUACUACGGACCGGAUCGUCCAAAUAUCACUACUAACCCUGACUCCCCUCCUUACACUGCUGGAAGCUCCGUCACUUUAACAUGUUCCGCAGAGUCCAGGCCAACCGCUAACCUGGAUUGGUCUCUGAACGGUGACUUUCUACAAACUGGGCAGCAACUUAUCCUUGACAAUAUUUCUGUGAGCAAGACGGGGAAUUACACUUGUCAGGCCUUUAACAAUGUCACAGAAAAGUACAGUGCAUCAACUCUAGAAAUAACUCUGCUGGAACCUGUGUCUAAUGUCACUGUAACGUGCAACAAUUUAAGUCCCGUGGAAAACAACGAUACAGUUGUGCUCAUUUGUGACGCGCAGGGCACCAUUCAGAGACGAACAUGGUUGAAAAAUAACCAACCCAUCCAGGAAAAUGACAGGAUAUUUACAUCUUCAGAUAAAGCAAAUCUGACCAUAACCCGUGUUAAUAAAACUGACACAGGAACAUAUAACUGUACCGUAAGCAAUGAUUACAACAGCGGCAGUGCAGCAAUCUACGUGCAAGUGAACUAUGGACCAGACAACGUCAGAAUUGUGCCGCCCGGUCCAGUUGUGGUAGAUAUUGGUUCACGUCUUACAUUAAACUGUUCUGCCCAGUCAGUCCCCAGUGGUGAAUAUAAAUGGUACAAUGGGACAAAAAAUCUACAGACAGGGCAGGAGUACACCAUCGAGACAGUCAGCUCGGUUGACAGUGGGAGUUAUACUUGCAAGGUUUAUAACAAUGUAAACAUGAAACACAGCAACCGGACUGUCGUGGUAACCGCACGGGAGAAAACGGCAACCGCUCCACGUGGUUUGUCAGGUGGGGCGAUAGCCGGGAUUGUGAUUGGCUCAGUUGCUGGAGUGUGUCUUGUGGCUGCAGCAGUUGCCUGGUUCGUCAAGACACAAGGAAGCAGGUUAAAAGCUGGAUCCGACAAAGGUUAUCCCAAAAUGACUUCACCAUCAAACAUCCAACCAUCACAAACAGAGUAUGCUGCAGUUGAAAGGAAACAACCCAACCAGCCGAAACCGGAGCCAUCUAGCAAUGGGGCGAACCAAGCACCUCCACAGGCAAAGGACAGAGAUAUCAUUUACACCAACCCCAAGAUCAUCAAUGCCGCUGCCAAACCCACCAGCGAAGUCGAGGUGGACAAGACGGACUAUGCUACACUGAAGUACCAAUGAUUUUUCCUUACCCAAGGACCCAUAAUCAAAGAAUGCUUUCCCCUAGAUGCACCAUGUCUGCCUGUGGUAUCCCCUCACCACGGGCAGGCAAAGUCACCUGAAGUUUUGCUAAUCCUUCUUCACUUCCUGCCAAGGGCAGGACAGGUGUGUGUGAGAGACACCUCGAGUGGUAACCAGUCCAAUUCAGUUGGGGUCACAGGGAAUUGAGGCAGGGCGUGUGAUUGGUGCUUUGUCCUACAGCAGCCACCAAGGCUGCACUAAAGCCUCGGUGUUCAAUGCUCCCGCUUUCUCUGCAGGCUGGGACCAUUGGACCCCCACCUGACAAAUGCAGCAACACUAGUGCAGGUACAUCCCCACCCAUGAUGAAGGCACAUCAGCGAACAGUUGUGUCUCUCCCUUGCCUCCCCCGGUCUCCCCACACCUCCAAUUGCUGCCUGUGACAGAGGCCUUGUUUCUCCAGCUGUUCCAGGUGUGCUGAGGGAGGAGACCAGGGUCGGUUCUCCCAGUCUCCCUGCCCAACAUUUGCCCAAACCUCUUCUCCCCAGAAGCAAGGAGGUGAACUGCCCCUGCCCCCUCCCCUCGUUCAACACAUUCCUGUUUGUGGGAUCUUGCUGUACAUCCGCCUUGCCUCUGUCCUUCUACGCUUGAGUCAGUGCCUUUGCCUGUUGAGGUAGUGCCAAGUCUCAAUGUGCAAAUACAAGUCUUAUUUUUUUUGUUAUUAGAGUGUGAAGAGGGGUGGGUGUUGG